AUGCUUCGUCAACUCGUUCUUCUCAGUACUUUGACGGCCACCUUGGCCUGUCCCACUCACCAGAUCAAAACCACUUCCAAAUACGACUACAUCGUUAUUGGUGGUGGUACUAGCGGUCUGGUCGUUGCUAACCGCUUGUCAAAAGAUCCUAAUGUCUCCGUCCUCGUGAUUGAGGCAGGUAACUCGGUGCUCAAUAACGCCAAUGUCACCAACGUCGGUGGCUAUGGACUAGCGUUCGGCACGGAUAUCGACUGGCAAUACAAAAGCGUCAACCAGACCUAUGGGGGCAAUAGAGAGUUAGUUUAUCGUGCCGGAAUGGCCUACACCCGAGCCGAAGAUGUCCAGAUUGAUGCAUGGCAGACCAUCGGCAACGAGGGCUGGACAUGGAAGAAACUGCUGCCUUACUAUCUGAAGAGUGAGAAUUUGACCAUUCCCAACCAGAACCAGGUUUCCAAGGGCGCAUCCUAUAAUCCCUCCCUUCAUGGUACGUCUGGCCCUCUGGAUGUUGGUUUCUAUGAUAUCCCCGACAAUGACUUCACCGGGAUUCUCAAUGCCACCAUUAAUGGACUGGGCAUCCCCUGGGUUGAGGAUGUCAAUGGCGGGAAGAUGCGCGGUUUCAACAUCUUUCCUUCCACUAUCAAUGUGGCGGCCAACGUGCGUGAAGAUGCCGCCCGCGCAUACUACUGGCCUGUUGCCUCCCGCGACAAUCUGCAUCUUCUGGUGGACACCUUUGUCAACCGCAUUGUCUGGCAGGACAAGGCUGACAAUAGUGGCCAUGUCACCGCGUCCGGAGUCGAGGUUACUUUGGCAAACGGAACGACGUCGGUCAUGUCUGCCAACCGGGAGGUCAUUGUCUCGGCCGGAGCCCUCAAGUCUCCAGGGAUCCUCGAGUUGUCCGGUAUUGGUGAUGCCACCCUCCUUGAGAAGCACAAAAUUCCUGUCCAGGUAAAUCUUCCCACCGUGGGCGAGAACCUCCAGGAUCAAACCAAUGCCGAGUCGGGCGCUGCUGUCAAGGCCAGCAUGACUAGCGGGAUGCACGUCGUUUACCCCAACGUGUACGACAUCUACGGCAACCAGACCGAAUCCCUGGCCCUGUCUAUGCAAAAGAAAAUUAAGGAUUAUGCCAAAGUCACUGCCGAGGUCAGCAACGGCGUCAUGAAGGCUUCAGAUCUAGAGGAGCUGUUUCAGGUCCAGCACGACCUUAUUUUCAAGCAGCGUACCCCCAUCGCCGAGAUCCUCUACGGCGCUGAAGGCGGUAACGCUGUCUUCUCCGAGUAUUGGACUCUUCUUCCCUUCUCUCGCGGUAAUGUGCACAUCUCCUCAGCUGACCCUAAGGCGAUGCCCAUUAUUAACCCCAACUUCUUCAUGUUGGACUGGGAUAUGGACAGCAUGGUUGCGCUGGCCAAGUACAUUCGUGCCUCGUUUAGUGCUGGACCCCUUGGGAAGCUCGUCGAGCGUGUGACUAUUCCCGACCCUGCCGUUAUCGGAAAUAAUGCCUCUGAUGCUUCAUGGAAAGAGUGGCUAUUGGACGGGCACUACCGCUCAAACUUCCACCCCGUGGGAACUGCUGCCAUGAUGCCCCGUGAGAAGGGGGGUGUUGUUGAUAACAGGCUGAAGGUGUACGGCACCUCUAACGUCCGUGUGGUUGAUGCUUCUAUUCUUCCUUAUCAAGUCUGCGGUCACUUGACUAGCACCCUAUAUGCCGUAGCUGAGCUUACUGCUGAGUUAAUUAAGCACGACUCUACUUGA